AUGAUCCGACUCAGCAAGCAGAAGCGCGAGUUGCGAGCCGAGAAAGACCACCACAGAGCCACUCGCUAUGAGCAUAUCGAAGCUUUGCAAGUUGCGCAGUACCUGAAGCGCAAGGUUAAGAGCCUUCGAAAUGUUGUUGCACAAAUCACAGCCGGCGAGCAAAUGAGUAUCAUGUUGCAGGGGUACAGCCACGAACUGGAGAUGAUGGAGCUGAAAGUCCUUGAUCGAGCAGCGACUUACGAGAUCGAGGAGGCUCCGACGGACAUCGAAGACAUGCCUAUGCCAUCAUCGCCGCUAAGGAAACGCAAGGCCCGCAAGCUCAAGAGUGUCAGCUCUGACGGUGGCCCAGACAUCCUUCAGAACAGCAAUACUAGCGACAGUCUCACUAUCGACCCUGCCGGUAUCUUCAGCGGCGACCUGCACAUGACGUCCGACACCAGCUUGUUUCCUAGCGAUGGUAUCGAGGCUGAACACAUCGACCCGGAACUUCUGGCCGAGCAACUUCUCCAAGCACGAGAAAUCCUUGGCGAACUUGCAGAUACUAUGGUCGCUCAGCGAGUCUUGCGUAUGGCGCCUCUGCUUUCACGUGAGCAAUUAGAGCGCGUGCGGAACGUGCUCGAGACGAAUGUUGAGGCGAGAGAGAACAUCUUCGUCUUCGCUGACGACUUGCUCGGCGAGUGA